CACACCAGACGUGAAGAUUUCGUAGCAUUCGUCCGUUAAUUUUUGCUGGUGUAAACGCGUCGGUAAAGCGAUAAAAAUAGACUACGUUAUUUUGUGCAAACUUUUUGAUCGAAAGUGAUCAAUAAUAGUCGAAUUUCCUUGGAUUAGAAACCGAUUUGGAAGAUUCGCCGAAUAGUGUCGACACGCCAAGGGAGUGUGUCUCAACGCUUUUUAGCUCUGGUACUGAAGAUGGAUGGAUUUUCAUUUCUAAUUUAAUUCCACGAUAAAUAUGCACUCGAUAAGUGCAUAUUUUAAACCGCAUUCCUCGAAAAGUUGAAUCUUUGUGAAAACAAAAAAAAAAAAUAAAUAAAAUGGCAGCAAACGCGCAAUUCGCAACUCCCCCUCCUCCAAUCCUCCCGAAUUUGUCGGUUCCUCCACCACCAACACCAAAUUUAUCAGCACCCCCGCCAACAUUAACUACCAUAAACACCUCCGGAAACUACCAACAUCGGUACAACAAUCAUAGAGACGGAAACCGUGGUUUCUUCAAGCCUUUUAGACCCUAUCAUGCUCCAAAAGUAAUACCCGGAGGUCCAGAUGCUUUGCAGGAUGAAUUUGACGGUAAAAGGCUCCGGAAGUCUGUCAUGCGGAAGACAGUGGAUUAUAAUUCAGCAAUCAUCAAAAGCUUAGAGAAUCGAGUUUGGCAGAGAGAUUACAGAGAUAGGCGAGCUCUUCAACCUGACGUGAUAUACUAUCCGGAUUUGCUUCCCCCUCCGAGUUAUGUAGACAAUCCCAUUAAUGCUGUCACAACAAGGUUCGUGAAAACAGCCACGAAUAAAAUGCGAUGUCCUAUCUUUUGUAUGGCUUGGACACCAGAAGGAAGGCGUCUCGUCACAGGAGCUUCUAGCGGGGAAUUCACGUUAUGGAACGGUCUUACAUUUAAUUUCGAAACAAUCCUACAGGCUCAUGACAGCCCAGUGAGGACAAUGGUGUGGUCGCAUAACGAGAGCUGGAUGGUGACAGGAGAUCAUGCAGGCUACGUCAAGUACUGGCAGAGUAACAUGAACAACGUCAAGAUGUUUCAGGCGCACAAAGAAGCGAUUAGAGGACUCAGUUUCAGUCCGACGGAUCACAAGUUGGCUACUUGCAGUGACGACGGAACUGUCAGAAUCUGGGAUUUUCUGCGUUGCCACGAAGAAAGAAUUCUCAGGGGUCAUGGUGCAGAUGUAAAAUGCGUUCACUGGCAUCCGCAAAAAAGUCUAGUCAUCUCCGGGAGCAAGGACAACCAGCAGCCAGUAAAACUAUGGGAUCCAAAAACCGGACAAUCUUUGGCCACUUUGCAUGCCCAUAAGUCAACGGUAAUGGACGUUAAGUGGAACGAGAAUGGAAAUUGGUUAGUGACAGCGUCUCGAGAUCAUUUGCUCAAAUUGUUCGAUCUCAGAAAUUUGAGUCAAGAGGUCCAGACUUUCCGUGGUCACAAGAAAGAAGCAUCUAGUGUUGCUUGGCAUCCGAGUCACGAGGGUCUUUUCUGCAGUGGCGGAAGCGAUGGCGCUAUUUUAUUUUGGCACGUUGGAGCUGAUAAGGAAGUGGGUGCAAUUGAGCAAGCACACGAUAGUAUUGUUUGGACUCUGGCAUGGCAUCCUUUAGGUCACAUCUUAUGUUCAGGAAGUAAUGACCAUACUUCUAAAUUCUGGACAAGAAACAGGCCAGGAGAUCUGAUGCGAGACAAGUAUAAUUUGAAUACCUUGCCUGCUGGUGCGGCUGGCAUGGAUGAUCACGAAAUAGCUGACGAAUACGCGGUUAUACCAGGAAUGGGUCCGGAAGACAGAAUCAACGCAGAGGGAGAACAAGAAGACAAGAAUGGCGGAAUACCGGGUCUUGAUCUGGACCACGCGAUAGACGAAGGGAAGAAAUUCGCUAACAAAAAAGUUCCUUACAGCAAGCCAAUUCCUAGAAACUUCCAAGCUCAGUGGAAUGAGAUGGAAGGCGAAGAUCAAGAACAGGUCGAGGCUCUUAACGCUUUUGUAAAUCAAUUGAUCGAAACUACGCCUGGAGCUUUGCCACUGAACGAGGUCCAGCCUAACGCAAUUAUACUCUAUGGGAAAAUGAUUCCUGUCGAAAGCGGCAGUAAACUUGCGGAGGCGAUAACAAAAGGUGCUGAUGCGAUAAACAAGCUCGUUCAAGCUGGGGAGAUAGAGGAACUAAAGGAGGUGAUUAGUCAACAGGAGACAGUCGAUGAAGAUGAAGAAUUCCUGAACGACGAUGGGGAGAUAGAUUUCUCAAAGACUCCUGAUGUUCAACUUCCCCCACCUUUACCGAGCUCAAAGUUCGCGCAGAAUCCCGAGUUGCUUAAGUCUCUAAACCGAGGUGGAAAGCGCAAGUUCGAUCAGCUGAUUGGUUGGAGUGACGCUGGAGCAAGUGACAGAACGUCCAAAGUACACCAACCAGUUUUUGGUGCUGGAAUGAACGAAGAUUCGCAGUCCAGUGAUCCGGAUCAGAGGUAUUUGAGGGACCCGAGGGAACAGUACAACGAGGAAGACGACGAUGAGGAAGAUUACAGGAGGUAUAUGGAUGACGACGACGAGUAUAGGUUUGGCAACAUGUCGGGAUCAACACGGCCCGAGCUUGAUAUCAGGAACAACUUCGCGGAUAAAGACUUCCGGCUCGGAAUCAACAACAGCCGGAAUUUCAUGGAAGAUAGGGAUAGAGACUCGUAUGGAGAAAGGGAUGAUUCCUUUGGGGACAGGGAUCAUGAAAGAGAUAGGGACGGGAGUAGAGAUAUGGAUAGAGAUGGCAGGUCGCGAUGGGAAAAUGACAAAGAAAUCGGCGAUAACAGGAAGAUGGAGUUCGGAAAUAUGUUCGACAAGCCACCCAACAUGUCGAGUAUGCCUCCUCACGUAGGCAGCAACUUGCCGAACCAUCAUAAUAUGCAGAACAUUAAUCCAAACAUGCCACCUCCUCCCAUACAGAAUAUGGGACCACACUCGAAUAUGCCGCCGCAUCCUAGCAAAAAUAUGGGAAUGGACAGUUCCAUGCCACCUCACAUGAUGCAUCCACCUCCGCCCUUCGGUCCCAACGGACCUCCACCACCUUUCGGGCCUAACUUUAGGCCGCCAAAUGGACCAACCUUUGGUCCGAACUUCAGGCCGAUGGGUCCCUUCGGGAAUCAAGGACCGCCAUUUAAUAACUUUGGACCUCCCAGCUUUCGAGGUCCGGGACCUAAUUCGGGUCCGCCGAAUUUCGAGAGGCCAGGGUUCGGACCGAAUUUCAGAGGACCCCCGCCGAGAGGUGGAGGUCCAAAUUUCAACUCCGGUUUCGGAAACUUUGGACCAAACAAAAAUGGACCGAAUAUGGGAAUGGGUAGGGGACCGAAUGAUAAUGGAAUGGGUAUUAGAAACAACUUUAGUGGUCGAGGUCGAGGACGCGAUGGGGAUUCUUCGAGAGGGAUGGGAAGGGACAAUUAUUGAAAGAUACUAUUACAAGUGAUUGAACUGACUAUGAAAAUGUGUACAAAGCCCGAACAAAGUCAACUGUGUGAUGUAAAGUUUUCUUUUUUAUCUGCGAGCUUCAGAUAGAAACACUUUCAUCAGACGUGCAGUUUCUUUUUGUGGAAUUGCGAACUCUUUAGUCCGGUGAAUGCUGAGAUCGUAAUCUCUUGAGCGACCAUUAAUAUCGAGAAGCAAGAAUAAUACGAUGUUAUGACAAAAGGUAGACGUUUCUUGGAAGAGAGAAACGUGAAAAUUGUAAUAUAUUAUCGUCAUUAAUUUAAGCCUUAGAUGUCCAGUUCGAAAUUAAAGAAAGCCGUUCACAAGCUGCCUUGCGAAGGAUUGCGUUAAUUCGUAUUUCGGAGACGAGGCGCUAAGAAAAGGAACUGAGUGGAAGAUGCAACUUACCAAACGCAACUGUGUUUGACCCAGAACAGUUUACUUAUUCAUUGCUAAGAAAAUAAAUAUAAAUAAAUACGAAAAUAAAUUUC